CAGUCUCCGGGCUUGCUCAUCCCGUACCACCGCCGAGCUUCUCUGGCUCUUUCGCCAUUCUGUCGCAAUGAACGCGCUUUCACGCAGAGAGGAGGAUACUUUGCUCAAAACCGCAAAGGCGAAAGCCUUGAAGGAGUGUGAUCCAGUUGUCAAGGAAUUUGCAGAGUGUGCGACAGGCCGGACCUUCUCGGUGGCCUGGGAAUGCAGACACAAGUACAAAGCAGUGCAAGAUUGCAUGUACCAGUAUACGAGUCCAGAGCCAAUGUCUGCAAUGCGCGCAGAGUACCUUCGAUUGCGACAGGAGCAAGAGGCCAAUAGCAAUGCAACGUCGUCAUGAUCCCCAUUGGGUGCACAUGUUCACGCUCCGGAAAGGCACUCACGACGUAGGUGCUGUGGGGUGGUGAACAGAGAUUGACUGGGUUGCCCAAGGUGUUUCAAAGGCAUAAUCCCGUCAGUGGGAGUUGUCAAUGGAGGCAGUUGCCCUUCGGAAUUACUGCCGUUGGUAUAUCCAUUGCCUACCAG